UUCAAAUUUCAUAAAAUGGCCAAUCAACAAGUUAACCCGCAACAAAUACCACAAAUGACCGCUCCACCGCCUCCUCAUGGUCAUUUACAUGUUCCGCCUAAUUUACAAGUUCCACCCACUUUAACCUCCCAACAAGACAUGAAUCAAUUCAAUCCCGUUCAAGGGCACGAAUUUCUAUCCGGCACUGCAAGAAAACUAGAAGCACCAUGUUUUUCGGUGACCUUAUUUGAUGGAGACAAUGGAUGGGAUUGA